AGGCAUUUUAGAGAUGAAAGUCAGCCCGGAUUGUUCGCCUCGCUCCUCUAUAUGCGAAUCUUUGGACAAUUGUAGUUUAGAAGAGCGUUAUACCGUUCUACAGCAUUUGGGAUGUGGAACAUAUGGAAGAGUCGUUUUGGCAAACUGCAAAAGAACAUCUACGUCAGUUGCGUUAAAAAUAUUGCCAAAGAAGACGACAAAGUUAAAGGACUUUUCCAGGGAAUUUCAGUAUAGCUAUUAUUUGUCGCCUCACAGUAACAUCCUGAAAACAUUCGACGUUGCCUUUCAAACUGAUAGUUCAUUUGUAUUCGCUCAAGAAUACGCCCCAGAAGGUGACCUCUUCGAAGCGAUCGAACCGCAAAAAGGUUUCCGGGAAGAAGUUGUUAAACUAGUCGGAAAACAAAUUGGUUCAGCUCUCGAGUUCAUGCACAGCAAACGUCUAGCACAUAGAGAUGUAAAACCUGAGAACGUUCUAGUCUUCCAGUCUUUCCAAAAGUUUAAACUUGUCGACUUUGGUAUGACAAGACGCAGUUCGACAUGGGUAAGAAAAGUGUCAAACGGAAUUCCAUAUACGCCACCAGAAAUAGCAGAAGCUAUUAAAGGCGAACGCUAUGUCGUCGAUUCAUCCGCAGACGUUUGGGCGUUCGGAGUCUUGCUAUUUUGUGCCAUAACCGGUAACUUUCCAUGGGAAUUAGCCCACUAUUCUGACGUUUUCUACAGAGAAUGGGCUCAAUAUCAACAAAGAAAGACCAACAAAUUGCCAUCACAAUGGAAUAGGUUCGAAUCAAGAGCACUAAGAAUGUUCCGACGUCUCCUAGAGCCAAAAUGCCAGAAAAGAUCAUCAAUACGGGAAAUUUAUAAAUAUUUAGACGAUAAAUGGGUACACCAUCGAGAAGAACCAAUCGAAGUAGUUCUCCAAUCUAUAGAAUCAGAUGUUUCAAAAUCGGCAAAAGAACAAAGAGUCUCAAAUUGGUUGGGCUCAACAUAACAAAACAUCAGAUAUCAAUACAUACAGGAUAGUAUUUUAAUAUCUACAAUAUUAUAUAAUUGAAGAACCAGCUGAAGAGAAAAAGCAUAUCGAAUGAAUUUUAAGACUAUGAAAAAAAAAAGACAAAAAAAAAACAACUUUUCUAAUUACUGCCGUCUUUUUAUCGGUUAACAAGAGAACUUUGUAAAUAGUUAUAAAUACAGUAAAUAUAUAUAUAAACA